UGUCAUUGAAAACUAGUGGUAUUCCUCAGUAGACUCCGAUAACUGAAGUGUGCCACUUCUCUUACAAAUGUUUGAGUUAUUUAUGUGAAAUAAAAUACAGCUGAUUUUAUCAAGUCACUAAGCUAAAUUCAGCGUUAGUUUAUGUGAAAGUUUCUAUGAACAAUAUAGUUUUUCCAGUUGCGACGAGAACUUGGUUCCAACACAGUGCUGUAUUAGAUCUAUAUUCUAGUAUUUGAUUUCCUCAGUAGACUCUGAUAACUGAAGUGCGCUACUUCUCUUACAAAUAUUUGAGUUAUCUAUGUGAAAUGAAAUACAUCUAAUUUUAUCAAGUCAUUAAGCUGAAUUUAGUUUUGAUUUUCGAAAGUUUCUAAAAACAGUAUAGUUUCUCUAGUUGAGACGAGAAUUUCCAUCCAACACAGUGCUGUAUUAGAUCUAUAUUCUGAAUAUUCAAGUGAUACUAGUCUAUGUGUAAUUGCAAAAGCUGUAUAUUCGAUUCACAUGACAGCUUUGCUGCAGCAAAUGUGUUUGAAUAGUUUAAUAGUUAUUUGAAAGUUUCUAAUGAUUUAUUCAAAAUUUCUACCUGAAUGCCUCAAAAGUUGGGUCUAGUGCUCAGAACCUUUCUUCUAAUUCACAUGACUGGAGGCUGAAGAGUUUCAAAAUGGUUGAAUACGGCAGUGGAAACCUCGGAAUUAUUGACGUGGCCGUCAUUGCUAGUUGUCUCGCCGUAUCAGCUGCCAUUGGUGUCUAUUAUAGAUUCUCGGGAGGGAAACAAAAGACUGCAGAGGAGUACUUGCUAGGAGGUAAAGAGCAAAAGAUUGUGCCAGUAGCACUAUCACUAAUGACCAGUAUGAUGUCUUCCAUUGCCUUGCUCGGACUUUCUUCGGAAGUUUACCUGCAUGGUAUUCAAUUUGUUGUUAUCAAUAUUGGAUAUGUCAUUGCCGCUCCUAUUGUAGCCUACUUUUUCUUGCCUGUCUACUUUAAACUGCAAGCUACAUCUAUAUUCGAGUAUUUGGAGAAACGAUUCGGCCUGAAAACAAGGUUUAUGGCGUCGUUGAUAUAUUUUAUGCAGACUGUGCUGUAUAUGGGUGUGGUGCUGUAUGCCCCGGCCCUCACAUUGGAAGCCAUCACUGGGCUGUCGGCAGAUUGGGCCAUCCUUGCCACCGGGCUCAUCUGCACCUUCUACUCGACCAUUGGUGGCAUUAAGGCUGUCAUAGUUACUGAUGUCUUCCAGAUGAUCCUGAUGUUUAUGGCUUUAUUUACUGUGAUAUUUACUUCAGUAUUUGACGUUGGUGGCUUUAGUCAAAUUAUUAGUAUUGCUGCUGAAAAUGAGAGACUGAAUUUUUUCAACUUCGACCCAGACCCCACCGUUCGUCAUACGUUUUGGAGUCUGGUGAUUGGAGGUGGCACAACCUACCUGGCACUGACCACCACCAACCAAACCCAGGUUCAGCGGUUCAUGACCCUGCAAGACCUCAGGAUGGCGGUCAUUGCUCUGUUCAUAUCAGUUGUUGUCACCAGCUGCCUGUCAUUGACCACUGCCUUCUCUGGUUUGGCGAUCUUCGCUUACUACAAAGACUGUGAUCCUAUUGUAUCAGAAAGAAUAACAAGAGGUGACCAAUUAAUGCCACUCUAUGCAGUGGACAGAUUGCACCGUAUACCUGGCAUGACAGGUCUCUUUGUUUCUGGAAUAUUCUCUGCCGGCUUGAGUACUAUAUCUGCUAUAUUGAACUCUUUAGCUGCCAUAACUGUUGAGGACUAUAUCAAGCCAGGCUACAAUCUCUGGGUUGAAGAUGCAUUCCCAGACGAGAUGAAAAUUCGUCUAACCAAAGGGCUGGUAUUCGUUUUUGGAAUUGUUUGCAUCGGAAUGGCUUUUUUGGCCAAAGUUCUUGGAGGAAUACUUCAAGCGUCACUGACUAUUUUCGGAGUUGUGGGUGGUCCUUUGUUGGGCGUAUUCAGCCUAGGAAUGUUCUUACCUUUCGCCAAUGAGAGGGGUGCCAUUGCUGGUACGAUUUCAAGUCUGCUGAUUUCAAUGUGGCUGGGCUUCAGUCCAAAGCCACCAGCCUCCCCUCUGCCCGUAUCUGUCGAAAACUGUCAGGAUAUCAUUGAAUCAGCCGUGCUCUGUACUGUCAACUCCACUUGUAAUUUCAAACCAAAUUCAAAACCUCAAGCCAAUUAUUUCUAUUUAUAUAGAAUCAGCUACCUGUGGUAUGUUGUUAUCGGCUUCCUAUUAACCAUUCUGAUAGGAUCAAUUGUGAGUCUUAUAUUCAAAUCUCGGAGAAAAAUUGAAGAUCUAAAUCCAGAUCUAUUUGUUCCACCAGUAGCCAAAUACAUUCAGAGGAGAAAACGUAACAAAUCGGACAACAUUAGAAGUAUACUCUCAAAUAACAUAAAUGGAGGAAAAGAAAAAGAUGAUACUGAAACUUGUCUUCUGUGAACAUCAUCAUUAUCAUAAUCAUCAAUAUUUAAAAAGGCUAUUGUUUCUAAGAAAUGAUAAUAAAGGUGCAAGGUUCGCUUUACAUUAAAGUUACCAUUGUCUUCCAUUUUUUAAAUAAUAUAUUUAUUUUAUACUACAUACGGUAUAUAUUAUGUAUGUGUAGAUUAUUGAUUAUACAUUUCAACUAUUAUCGUAAUGUCUAAAGAAAAUGCGACUAUUUAUUAUAGGAUUUACUUGUUGUGAUGUUUUAACCAAAUUUGAUAUUUAUGAUUGAGUUGAGCCCUGACUACUCAUGCUAAAAAUAUUGUUCAUCUAUGGUACUCUAAUAUUAGGAAGCUAAUCUUCCAAUGUUUAUUAUGAAAUUGACAAAAAUAUAUUAUUUAUUUAUUUAUUUGUUUCUAGUUGUAGUUACUAUUUUCAAAAAUAAUAAGGCUGAAUUGAUACAGUGUGAAGAACCGCUUGUGUUGUUCAAAUUAUUUAUUUUUUUAAUAAAUUGACUUAUUUAUUUCUAUUUAUCGCAGCCAAAUGUUAAUUCAGUACUUUAUUAGUAGCCUACUUUAUUUUAAGCAGUUCUAUCCAUUUUUCUAAUUAUAUAGUAGUAAUUUUUCAUUUUUCAAAAUAUGAAUAAAACCUGCACAUUUUAUAAGAGCACUAAGCUUUGUGUUGGCGCAAACCACAUGUUAAUUGACCCAAUAUUAGACUUCCAUUAGUUUUGAAAAAGUUUCAUGUUUACUGGUGCUUUUCAAUAAGAAUAGUUUAUGUGUUUGUUGAGUUUGUUCGUUUUUGUUCAAUUCAAUUGUUAUGCUACUGCUACUUGUAUUUUGUGAUAAUGGGGAACUAAAACCUCCUGUUAAGUAAACAUUUAAAAAAGGUGGUGAAAGGUUGAUUGAAUGAAGAGUUUUGGAAGAUUUUUAAUUAUAUUUUUAAUAGAAUUCAAUUGAAAUUUCAUUCAAUGACAAUUCAUCAAUUGAAAUUUUUAAGAGUUCUGUGUAUUGCAAUAUAUUUAGGUGUAAGGCUGGUCACACACCGAUUAGUCAAGACAAGACUAGUCACGUUUAGUCACAAUACUUCACAUAGUUGCUUAUGGAGUCAUGUCUAAUUGCAAUGACUAAUCAGUGUGAGUUGCG